GCUGGCGAAAGAAAGCUGCCGGCUUUGUCUUGACGUACUGGGGUCGCAUAGUCCGAACAAUGGGGUUUAGACGCCUGAGCAGACGAAGCUUGAUGGAGCUCUGCGAGGAAGUCGAUGUGGAAGGGCGCAUCAUGGGUAGUGAGGAAUUGGGUGUUGUGGGAGCUGUCGAUGGCGGCAUUGUCGGGGUAUACCAAGGUGAUCUUGGGGGGUUUAUGACUGAAGAGGCGCGGAUGAGGGCGAAGAGGAGGCGGUACGUUGAUGAUGCAGAAGAGUUGGAGACUGGAGAGGCGGAGGAGGAUGAAGAGAUGAGUUGAUGGGAUAUGACUUGGAUUGGAUUGAAUUGAUAGAUGUAUUUUGGUGUUGGUUAGCUUUUAUUGUCACUUUUUUCAUUUUUUCUUUUCGGGGGACUGGAAUACAGAUUGUGUUUUGAGGCUCUAUUUUUUUUUAUUCUUUUGCUUGAUUGCUUGGAGCGGUGGGGUUUAAAUGUAUAUGGCGAUUCGGACGGGAUCUUUUCAUUUUUUACUUUUUUAUCUCAUUUUUGCCCUCUUUGUCGCUUCUUCCCUCUCCCUCUUAUUGCAUCUUAUUCUCAGUAUUAUUCCAUGCGG